AUGCCCGCUGAGUGUUCGGUCUCCUCGGCGGAAGACACGGGCGGCCGGAGCGAAACUGCUUUGGACGGUGGAGACGCGGAGGCGACCAAGUUGGUGAGGCGGAACUUCACGGUGCGGCAGCUGAAUGCUUUUGACGGGGGAUGCUCGGCUCCGAGGAUGAGGGGAGGGGAGGCCAGAGCAGUAAAGCAACGCCCCAUCUACAUCGCGCUGAAGGGGGAGGUAUACGACGCGUCUGCGGGGAGACAUCUUUACGGCCCGGGAGGAGAAUACUCCGAGUUUGCCGGUCACGACAUAUCCAGAAGAGUAGCGCACGGUGCGUCACGUAGUGACAGAUCCAGCAGCACCCUCUUGGACGACCUGUCUCUCGAAGGCUUGGGCCGCUUUGAGCAGAUGACGUUGAGAGGCUGGGAGGACACGUUCAGGGCUCGCGGCUACCCGAGCUUGGGUAGGGUGGUCGCUCCGCCGCCCCCCCGCUUGUUCUCGCGCGCCGAGCUGCGGGCUUUCGACGGACGACCAGCUGAUGUCGCGGCGUCCGAACACGGGGAAACGGAACGGGGAGCGGGGGCGGGGGGGGGAGAACGUGAGGUGGGAGGGGGAGAACCAGGAGAACAGGCCGCGGUGUUGGCGCGGCAAGAAGAACAACCUGCCGAGUCGCUGCCGCCAGAGCAGGAGGCGAAGGCGACGGCGAACGCUGUGUAUUUUAGCAACUACGCCGCUCAGCCGAUCUAUAUGGGCGUGAAGGACAAGGUGUUCGACGUUUCCUUCGGGGGCUCGGAGUUCUACCUGGAGGGCGGCCCGUACGAGUGCCUCGCGGGGAGAGACGCUUCACGCGUACUGGCCAAGAUGUCGAUGGCGAGCGAGGACAUCGAGGGUGUCUUGGACUAUUCUUGUCUGACGGACCGGGAGGAAAAGAACCUCGCCGAUUGGGUGGAGAAGCUCGGGGAGGGAGGCAAAGGGUACCUACCCCGACACCCGACCGACCGACCAGGCGUCCGCUGCGGCAUCUCUUUCUGGCCUCAAGGGGGACCAGAGGCAUCGCUGUCUACGCUUGAUCGCUGUUUGGGGGCGCAAUCCCAUGUCGCCGUAGAGAAACACCAGGCACGGGACAUGGGAGAAAUCUUGAGACGUGUUCAAGUUUAUCGCGUCUCUACGCCAGAGGAAGUGGCAGCGGUUUCCGCCGUUGGUCCGGCCGCGGCCGUGCCUCCCGCUUCUGAGCCAGCGGAACUGGUCACCAUGAGGGUCGUGAUCCUCCUAGGGGGAGUCGCAGUGGGCAUAGGCAUGUUUGCCAUAUUUUGGGCGUGGUGCUACGCCGAGCACAGGCUGUGGCAGUUAGAAUCAGCAGCGGCACCGCCAGCGGGCGACGGCAUCGACCAGCCGCUGCUGGCGGCGCACGAGGAGCAAGAGGAGUGCUGCAGCUGCCCUAUGGACGCAUUAGAGGCGCAGCAACAGCGGAGCGAUGAGGCUGCCCGAGCUGCUUCUGUGGGCGCUCCUACGGAUUCUACAUCAUCCGUUCCUUCGGUAGAUUCUACAUCUAGCCUUGCCCCCGCACCAGCAGCAGCAGCUGCUGCAUCCAGUAGUAGAGAGGGGGAGGAGGAGGAGGUGACCGCAGCGGUGCAACCGAUACGGCCGCUGCUACGAGACUUCACGAUUGCGGAGCUCAACACCUUUGAUGGUGGUGAAUCACCCCUUUCUCGGAAGCCUCACCCGAUAUUUAUCUCCCUGAGGGGCACCGUGUACGAUGCGUCCAACGGGAGAGGGAUCUACGGGCCGAGCGGUGAGUUGGCCGCCUUCCCCGGCCACGAUGUAUCAAGGGGGGUGGCCAGGGGGCUGGUGGCCUCGAAGGAAGACGGCAAGAGCGACCUGGAUGACCUGUCGCUAACGGGACUGAACCGGAUCGAGAGGAUGACGCUGGCGGGCUGGGAGGAGAGGUUCAAGGCGUGCGGCUACCCCGUCGUCGGCAGGGUAGUGCUGCAGUAGUGUUUUUGUUGAUACUCUCGUGUUUUACCACUGCUGUAGCCAUCAUAGAAUCGCGCUGCGUUGGGCGAAAGAAAAGGGUUCUGAGAGCCGCUGUCCUGCACACACGCGCGGAGAUUUCGCUGUAUGGUGUUUACCAAGUGGGCAGAACGCCACAUGUGUUGACUGAGCUGUAUAUCGCACCUCCCCGGUGGUGCUCCGCGUAGCCUGUAGCGACCGCCAACCCUUGCGGCUGGCUUAAGUUUAGUCAAAUUGCCUCAGCGGUCAUGGUACAAUAGGUAUCGUCGAGCCCUUGUAACUGCUUGGGGUUUGUUGUUUCGUGGGACAUCGCUGCUGAUAACAACACACGGAGAGGGUGGCAAAGUGUGUGAAAUACCAUACAGUACCAGCAACGGGGAGUGGAUAGACCGGUGAGCUCGCCUCCGUCAAAGGGGAGGGCCAGUACAGUAGUAAACGGGGAGGGAGGUAGCCUCGGGGAUAUGGAGCAUCUUGUGUAUUUGGCUAGCAUUCGGGGGAAAAAUUGACAACUUUUUAACGU